AUGGUGUCACAGAUUCGUCAGUCUAAGGAAACCUGCCACCGAAACUACCAUCAGUUAAACUCAUCCCUUCAAUCCAAGCUUUCAGCGCUCAAAUCUAAUCUGUCCGAUCUCCAUCACCAGAUCUGCGAAUUGUUGACCAGAAGCAGAGAGCAAACAUGUUCCAAGGACUGGGUCACAAAUAAAGACCGGAGUUAUUACGUAUCCAGGUUUGAAACAUCUUUCCAAGAAGCGAAGCAAGAAUGUUCAAUCCGUUAUUCAAGGCUGCUGGAAAUAAAUUCAAGGGAUGAAGCGCUCUUUGUAUUCCACAAUCUUCCUGACAGCAACUUUGCUUACUGGAUCGAAAAAUGCGAAAACGGGAAUGUGGGACAGAGUCUCCUGUACAAGGCGUCCUCGGGAAUACGCGUCUGCAGUCAGUGCGUAAUGACUAUACUUUGUGUUCAUGAUCGGCGUUUCAUCUGCGAGAGGUCAGCAACUUUGUUCCCGGAUGUUCUUCAAAAGACCCAGGGUCUCUACCAACAGCCAGUGGAGUCGACAUAA